AUGGAGAAUUCAUCUGUAGUGACUGACUUCAUCCUUCUUGGCAUGACAGAUAACCCUCAGCUUGAGAUUCUGCUAUUCGGGGUCUUCCUUAUUGUUUAUAUUGUCACCCUAUUGGGGAACCUAGGCUUGGUGGUCCUGAUCAGACUCAGCUCCCGCCUCCACACCCCCAUGUACUUUUUCCUCUCUAAUCUGUCCUUCCUUGAUGUCUGUUUCUCUUCCAUCACAAUCCCAAAGACUUUAGCAAAUUUGUUAUCUAAGCUGAAGGAUGUUUCCUUCCUUGGAUGUGUGACUCAAAUGGGCUUGUUCAUAGUCUUUGCCUCUGCUGAAUGCAAUUUUUUGGCUUCUAUGGCCUAUGACCGCUAUACUGCCAUCUGUCACCCACUUCUCUACCAUAUUACCAUGACAAGAGUCCGUUGUCUCCUCUUGGUAGCAGGAUGCUACCUUGGUGGGUUAGUUAACAUGGUUGCUGUGAUGACUUCCAUCACACAACUAUCAUUCUGUCAACCGCGUAUCCUCCCCCACUUCUUUUGUGACAUUCCCCCACUGUUGGCACUGGCUUGCUCAGAUCCCUGGGACACCCAGAUCUUGGUUGCUGGCUGCGGGGGAUUCACCUUGGUCACCUCCAUUGUGGUGAUCCUUGCCUCCUACAUGUUUAUCCUCCUGACUAUUCUGGGAAUUCCCUCAGCUUCUGGAAAACAGAAAGCCUUCUCCACCUGUGCUUCCCACUUGACUGCUGUCGGCCUGUACUAUGGAACAACUAUGUACACUUACUUGCUGCCCUCUCGACGUGGAUCCCAGACAGGAAAUCAGAUGGUCUCAGUGUUUUAUACAAUGGUGAUUCCCAUGUUAAAUCCUCUCAUCUACAGUUUGAGAAACCAGGAAGUGAAAGUUGCCCUACAGAAAAUAUUGAGGCACAGUUCCUAA